CUCGCUUACAUCGCCAUGGCCUCACUAGCUCGUUGGGGGACAGCAUAAGAGGAAAGAAAGCUGCACAAAAAUCUCCCAGAAAACAGGCAGAGGGGAGAGAGACAGAUACGCAUCAAUUAAGCUCAUUUUCUUCGAUCUGCUGGUGAAAGAAGAACUGAAGAAGAGAGGUAGCUGGACUGAAGAGGCCGGCAAUGGCGGCGGCGGAAGUGCAGUCGGCUGCCGGGUGGGGGAGGCAGCUGCAGCAGGACGGCGGCGGGUGGAGGAAAGGGCCGUGGACGAGCCAGGAGGACGCGCUGCUCGUCGAGCAUGUCAGGCAGCACGGCGAAGGCCGGUGGAAUUCUGUCUCCAAGCUUACAGGUCUGAAGAGAAGCGGCAAGAGCUGCAGGCUACGAUGGGUUAACUACCUGAGGCCUGAUCUGAAGAGAGGCAAGAUCACUCCCCAGGAGGAGAGCAUCAUCGUCCAGCUCCAUGCCUUGUGGGGCAACAGGUGGUCGACGAUCGCGCGUAGCCUCCCGGGCAGGACGGACAACGAGAUCAAGAACUACUGGAGGACGCACUUCAAGAAGGGCAAGCCGUCCAAGAACAUCGAGCGCGCCAGGGCCAGGUUCCUGAAGCAGCGCCGCGAGAUGCAGCAGAGCCAGCAGCUGCAGCAGCCGACGCUAAUGCCGACGCCGACGCCGCAGAGCAAGGACAUCAUCGUUGCCGAGACCGGUGACGCGCGCACCGACGACGACGCGGGCGGCGCCGCAGCGGCUGUGGCGCCGUCGUCGUCGUCGUCGUCUUUGUCGAUGGGGGGCGGGGAGGCGGAGGACUUGAUCAUGCACCAGGACGCGAUGGACGACCUCAUGAUGUGCCCCGCCAUGUCCUACCACCUCAUCCUCCACGGCGCCGCCGUCGCCGGCCAUCAGCUGAGCGACGGCGGCGGCAGCUGCUGCGCCUCUACCAGCGAGGACUACGGCUCCAGCGAGGACGACGGCGCCACCUGGGGCAGCCUGUGGAACCUCGACGGCGCCGCCGGAGCAUGCACGCUGUGGUAGAUCAAUUUCCCGGUCUGCAUGACGCCAUGAGAGAAGAGUAGUCGCGAUCUCGAGUACGUGCAUACAGACGACAUAGCUGCGGCGUGCUCGUGGGAUAAAGAUGGGACAGCAAACUUAUCAUCCGUGGAUCGAUCGUACGUCCACUUCCACAAACGACGGCCUGAGUCGAUGACACGUUAAAGCCAUAGUACUAUUAUUGGUCACACUUCUUUAAUCAGGGGAGAUUAACUAAUGUGUUCUUUUCCCCUUGUUGCUAGCUAGCUAGAGCUAUAGUAUAACAAAGGAGAGAGAGAGAUUUAUAUGCAUGUGAGGGUUGUUGCAAUUAAUUUGUCAUUGCGGUAUAGUUAACAGCAAAUGGAGGGAUUCCAUAUAUAGUUAACUGUUAAUUACUACCAAUUAGGCAAUAAGUCACCGUGUGCAGUACUUUAUGCCAUGUAGUAGUACAAUAUGCAUAUGUAAACUUGUAAUUAAAAAGCUUUUCAUGACUGUUAGUAUUAUAUAUCCGUUGCCAGAUACAUGGGACAAGAA